AUGCUACAGUUAGAUGCCAUUUACAUCUUUUCUGACAAGAAAUCCAAUCAUCAACAAUGGACUCAAAACUGGACAAAAAUCAAAGGUGUUCAUACAAAUAUGAAGGAGAUCUAUCAAGUAUUGCAAUUAGCUGUUAAGCAAUGCAACCAAGACUUCAUUGCCAUAAGUUUUCUCAUGGAAAAUGAAAUAGCUUCGACUUUUAUGUAUACUCUAAUAUUCAAGGAUAUUCUCCCUCGUAUCGGAUAUGAUCGCAAGGCAAUCAAGCGCUUAGCAGCUUGUUGCCGCGAAAUUUUUACUGAUAAUACAGCUGAAUUAAAAAUUAUUAAUGAAUUUCAACGUAAUUAUCAUCCACAACAAGCGAUAUGGUGGUAUACACGUGAAUGUUUUAUCUAUCAAAUGCUUAAUCGAGCAUUUCGAGUUCUAGAUGUUGAUAUAAUCAUUAAGAUGGGCUUCUUUCUACGUGAUUUGCAUGAACAAAUUCAAAACCUAUACGAACAACAGGUCAGUAAUUAUGGAAGAAAACCUUUUGUAGUUUAUCGAGGACAAGGUCUCAUGAAACCAGACUUUGAAAAACUGGAGAAAACAAAAGGUGGACUAAUGUCAUUUAACAGUUUUUUGCCCACGACUAAAGAUAAAGAAGUGUCCCUCCAUUUUGCUCGAAAUGCUUCAACAAAAUCGGAUAUGGUGGGCAUUCUCUUCAUAAUGUUCAUUGAUCCUUGUUUAAAUUCAGCACCAUUUGUCUCCACCAAGGAGAUGAGUUACUUUAAGGUUGAAGAUGAAAUUAUCUUUUCAAUGUACACUGUCUUUCGAGUGGAUGCAAUUAAACAAAUGGACAAUAAAAAUCAAUUUUAUCAAGUUGAACUUCAGUUAAUUUCGGAUGAUGAUGAAAAACGACGAUUACGUACCUAUCGGAGACGAGAAGUAGUUCGUGAUGAUUCUAGACGAGAAAGAUUGAUUAACUUAUUGGUUAAAAUCAGCCAAUUUAAUAAGACUGAUGAACUCUAUAACGUAUUAUUCGAACAGAGACGUGAAGAGGCAGUAAAGAAGAGUUAUUACGAGCAACUUGGAAGUACUUAUUUGCACCAAGGUAAUUACGAAAAGGCUAUUUGGUAUUACGAAAAAGUACUUGAAAUUCAAAAAAACUCUUCAAAUACAGAUUAUCAUGGUCAGUGUAUAUCAUACUGUUACAUCGGUAUGUUGUAUGCCAACAUGGAAGAGUACUCGAAAGCAGUCGCAUUUUAUGAAAAAGUACUUGAAAUUGGAGAAUUAUUUUUUCCUUCAAAUGAUCCCGUAAUGGCUACUUCAUACAAUAACAUUGCUUUGGUACAUUACAAUAUCAAAGAGUAUUCGAAAGCACUUUCAUAUUAUGAACGUGCUCUGAACAUAUGGCAACAUACAUUACCUUCAACUCAUCCUCAUAUAAACACUGUAAAAGAGAGUAUUGAAAUCGUAAAAAAGAAAUUAUAA